AUGUUCUCACGCUCAGUAUUCCGGAGUCUAGCCGCUGACUUGCGGUUGUCUGCUCCGUCUUCUAUUUUGUCUGCAGCUCCCCUUCGGCAACGAGCUUGCUUGCACCAAACCGCCCUACUUCGAACACAGCAACAAGAGACUCAGACUCAAUCAUCUUCUCCAACCCCCGAAUCACCAUUGAGUGCUACUCCUCGCGCGCAAACUUCCCAGCCCGAGACUCAGAAUGCACCCGAGGUGCAAUCCUACGACCCAUCCUCUCCCUCCUCGAUCCCUCACACGCGCGCCGAUGUCCCAAUUGCCAAGCAACCGGUUGCACCAACCUUCGAUUCCCCUCUUGAAGUGACCAAGUCCCUCAUGUCGCGCCUCCCGCAUCUGGCUGGUCAAUCGCCGCAUUAUGUUGUUGCAGAGCUGCACGCCCGGCCUUACCUCUUAACGGAGGGUGACCAUGUCCGUCUUCCUUUCCUCAUGCCUAAGGUCAAGACCGGAGACAUUCUCCGCUUCAACCGGGCCAGCGCUCUUGGUUCGCGCGAUUUCACAAUGAAGGGCUCGCCGCACCUCGACGAACGCUUGUUCGAGUGCCGAGUCCGCGUCACUGGUGUCGAGUCGGAGCCCAUGCGCAUCAAGGAGAAGACGAAGCGGAGACAGCGACACAUCAAGCAGGCCCGGAGCAAGCACCGCUACACGAUCAUGCGGGUGAUGGAAGUUCGGGUGAAGACUCCCGAGGAGUUGUUGGAGGAGGGCGCCGUUGUCAUUGAGGAGAACGAGGAUACCCCUAAAAUCGAGGCUCGGUCAUGA